AUGAAGCUGAUCGACUGCGAACUCCGGCGGAUUGUACCAGCAUUACCUUCAUACAGAUUUUCUGCGCUCAGCUACGUAUGGGGUACGAGCAGAUCUGGGGAUGAGGAUCAGUGUAUCCACAACAUACUUCCUACGACCCUGCCACGCACUAUCGAAGAUGCCAUGAGUGUCACCAAGAAGCUGGGUCUUCGUUACAUUUGGAUCGACAGGUAUUGCAUCAACCAGGAAGACGAUGAUGAGAAACAAGUCCAAAUCCGUCAAAUGGACCUUAUCUAUCAAGAAGCACACGUAACUAUAAUCGCUGCAGCAGGUACUGAUCCACAUUUCGGCCUGCCUGGAGUUGGUGCUACCUCGAGAACUCCUCAACCGACUGCCUGGAUUAAAGGCCGACGCCUUGUAUCAAGUCUAGCAGAUCCACGACCGCUCAUCAAUGCUUCUAAGUGGAUGAAGCGAGCAUGGACCUAUCAGGAGAACUUUUUUUCGACCCGACGGAUUGUUUUUACAGAGCAACAGGUAUUCUAUGAGUGUCGAAGCGGUAUGGGGUUUGAGUCAGACGAUGCUUUCCAGAAGAAUGAAUAUUCCAAUUUUCUCAACCCGGCCGAGACUUCGAAAUAUAAAGAUUCAAGUAUCUGCGACCGCCUGGAAGACUAUUGUGGUAGAGAACUGUCUGUCCACUCCGAUGCUAUACGCGCAUUUGAAGGUGUAUUUCACAAUCUCAGGAAAGAAAACCACGUUCAUCAAUACCUGGGUAUUCCCAUAAUGCCAUCAGCGAUGGAAGGAUGGUCGAAAAAAACACAUCGUAGCAGGGGUGAGGCUUUCGCUGCUGGGCUCUCGUGGUGCAAUAAAGCGCAAGGUACCAGGCGUAGCUUGUUCCCUACGUGGAGUUGGGCUGGAUGGACUGUGCCAAUUAAAUACGAAGGUUCGCUGUGCGGUCUUGGACUCGAACUUGGACACGAAAGACCAUUGAAGGUCUUUAUAGAGAACAGUGAUGGAGCUCUUUCGGACAUGGACGAGCUAAGCGACGUCUCGCUAGACCAAAGCGUUUCUGGUUCCUCUAGCAAGUUCAUUCAUAUCGAAGCAUGGACGAUACCUAUCGAUGUUCGGUAUGCUCCCAAGGGGGCAGAAAAGCACCGAUACAAUAAAUAUUGGAUUUCCAAGAAGAAGAAAACCCAACACUACAAUCCUCGGGAUGACGACGACUCCGGUUAUGUUGCUAUAUCCCAAAGCGAUGAGGGGGCAGUCCAAGUUCCCUUCUAUCCACUACAUCAAAAGCACAAGAACGAUGUUACUACCCAGCAAAUCGAUGCGCCAGACUUCGAACAGGGUAGAUUUUUGGGUAUAGUGUUGGGCAGAUGUGAAGAUUUUUCAGAUCUGGGUUAUUUUGAUUUCAUCUUCAUCAUGGUUGUACUUGAAAAAGAGCACUGUUACGAACGAGUUGGGCACAUACUCAUUUGUCCGGCUACCAUGUCAUGGCCAAUCUUUGAAAGAACCGAGAUCCCCAAACCCGUGAUACGCGAAUUGCAGAGUUUCUUUCGUUCGAGGAAGAGAAGAACUAUUCGUUUAGGUUGA